AUGGGUCUGCUCAGUUCCGGCAUCCCGGAUACGCCGACUAAACGGGUGGAAACGUCGGCUCCUGCCCGAGGCGGAGGCGGUAGGGGUGGAGGCGGUGGCGGUAUGGGCGGAGGAGGUGGAGGUGGAGGUGGGGGCGGAGGCGGCAGACGUGGCUCGGGGAGCGGCGGUGGCGGCUCGGGCAGCCGCGUCGGCAGUGGCGGUGGCGAGGGCAGUAGCGUCGGCGAUAGCGGUGGCUCUGGCUCCAACCGGGGCAAGUUCUACACAAAAGAGGAGAUCAUUGCCGUGGCGAGGGCGUGGGAUGCCAUCACAUCGGACCCCGUGGUGGGCACCGGUCAGCCUGAGGGGAGCUUUUGGAGGCGCAUCAUGAUAGCAUACGAGGACUUCAAACCCCACGGUGCUGAUAAGCGCGACCCAGAACAUCUCCGAAAAAAGUGGGGUAGGAUUCUGCGGGCGACCAAGCGGUUCGCGUCCAUAUACCAGAACAACCUUCUCCACGCUGAGAGUGGCCGAAGCGAAACAGACGUUAAGGCCCUGCCGAUGGGCCAAUACAACACGGAAGACUGGCUGAAGUUCACACUGUGGGAGGAGUAUCUGGUCCUCGUGGAUUGUCCGAAAUUCAAGGCCAUCGUGGCGCAAGAGCAAAUACGCAGCGGAAUCUGA